AUGUCAUAAGAACAUAUUAAUAUUUUAAUAGAAUUUAAUGAUACAAUAUCAAUACAGUAAUUCAACUAUUAAAGCUAACCUUAGGAUUUUUUUGAACUUACAAUGCCAAUUUAAAUACUGAGCAGUGCUUUAUUAAAAGAAACUCUGUUUGUUAUAACCAUUGAUGGAAAUCUGACUGCAUAUUUUUUCAAUCAUGGCAAAUUAGCCUAUUUACUAUAUCUAAUUAUACAUUUAAAUAUAUAUACACUAAUUUAAUAAAUUAUCUAAACUUCUUAGUUAUUGAUAAUCAAGUUAAUUUAAUUAUCUUAUCGUAUAAUGGAAUAUUAAUCUUUUGAAAUUUUAAAUAACAUUCAUAUCCAAUUGUUAAUUACAAUUAAAUCUAGAUAGGUGUAUUACAAAAAUGGAAUUUAUAUGGCGUUUGUUCAAUAAAAUAACAACUAAUUAUAUUUCUAUCCAAUAUAAAAUGUUUAUAUUUCAAACUCAUUAUAAAUUUAUUAUUAAGUAGAUUUAUUAGGAUACUAAUUUUAAACAGGAUAAAUUAUCAGUUCAUACACAGUUGCAGAGAUUUGCUUAAGAAUUGAUAACUAUAAAUAAUUAUAUUUUGCAAGUAAUAUUAUAUUUCAUCAUUAAAUCUGUACGCCAAAACACAUUUAUUUAAUCUUGCAAGACUAGUAUGGGAUAUUUUGUGCCUAUUUUUCUGGUAGUGAUUCCCCAUUUAAUUCAUUCGUUUAUUCAAAUGCCUUAUUCGCUAAUUCAUAGAAUGUACUUAUAAUAAUAUUAAUGAGUGUUGUUUAAAAGUAAAAAUAAAAUAUAGAAUUGGUCUAAAUAUUUAUCAAUUAAUCAUUAGCAGUCAAUGGUUCAGUUCUCUAUGGGGAAUUUCAAAUAAUGCCUUAUUUUUUAGAAACCAAUUAUUCUUAUAUGACUACAGUUAGUUACUUGGAGUAUGAUUAAAAUUGUUGACUUUAGUUACAAAAAAAAGUCAACAUAUUAUUUCAAAGAUAAUUAAUUACUCAAAAAUAAUUCAACUUAGAAUCUUAAGAAUUAAUAAUUUAAAAUAAUACAAAAUUAAUCAUAAAUCCAUCCAAUUUAUUUAAUGGAAACAUUAAGAAUUAUUCAAUAAAUUAUAGAGCAUGCAAAUCAUUUAAUUUUACUUAACCUAUAAAUGGAUUAACUUCUUAAACCUUGAACUUUUCUUUUUAGGCCGCAAUCAAAAAUAACAACAUGAUCUUUAUUUAAAACAAUAUCAGUUUAUACUAGCUAAAUGAAUAAACUGGAUUUUAUAGUUGA